CGGUGCCGCGGCGCGCCGCGGAGCUGACGCCGGAGGCUGUCCGGCCGGCGGGGCGCGAUGCCGUAUGCCAACCAGCCCACCGUGCGGAUCACGGAGCUUACCGACGAGAAUGUCAAGUUCAUCAUCGAGAAUACGGACCUAGCGGUGGCCAAUUCUAUUCGAAGGGUCUUCAUCGCUGAAGUACCCAUAAUAGCCAUUGACUGGGUUCAGAUUGAUGCCAAUUCCUCAGUCCUUCACGACGAGUUCAUUGCUCAUAGGCUUGGAUUAAUCCCCCUUACUAGUGAUGACAUUGUGGACAAGUUGCAGUACUCCCGGGACUGCACUUGUGAGGAGUUCUGCCCAGAGUGCUCAGUGGAGUUCACUCUUGAUGUGCGGUGCAAUGAAGACCAGACUCGUCAUGUCACGUCUCGAGACCUCAUCUCGAACAGCCCCAGGGUCAUUCCAGUGACAUCCCGGAACCGAGAUAAUGACCCCAAUGACUACGUGGAGCAGGACGACAUCCUCAUCGUCAAGCUGCGAAAGGGCCAGGAGCUGAGACUUCGAGCCUAUGCCAAAAAGGGCUUUGGCAAGGAACAUGCCAAGUGGAAUCCGACUGCAGGGGUGGCUUUUGAAUAUGAUCCCGACAAUGCCUUGAGGCACACAGUGUACCCCAAGCCAGAGGAGUGGCCCAAGAGUGAGUACUCAGAGCUGGAUGAGGAUGAGUCACAGGCUCCCUAUGACCCCAAUGGCAAGCCAGAGAGGUUUUACUACAACGUGGAGUCCUGUGGCUCUCUGCGCCCUGAGACCAUCGUCCUUUCAGCCCUGUCUGGAUUGAAGAAGAAGCUGAGUGACUUACAGACCCAGUUAAGCCAUGAGAUCCAGAGUGACGUGCUCACCAUAAACUAGCCGCAGCUCAUCUGCUUCAGCAGAAAGGGAUCCGAGCAGCAGCUGUUUUCAGGUCUCUCCUGAGGCUUCUAGCUUCUGGGGUCUGGACAACUGUCACUUAAACAUUCUGGCAAGCCAUCAAUACCAACUAGGGCAGCGGUUCUCAACCUGUGGGUUGCCACCCCUUUGUGGGUCGAACGACCCUUUCACAGGGGUCACCUAAGACCAUCAGAAAACACAUA